CUCAGACCCCUUAUUUCACAAUGCUUGGUCCACUCGUCGGCGCAAGCAUGCUCAUCGUAGCUACCACCGUCUUUCUUUACUACACCAUCUGGACACUGGUCAUGCCCUUUGUCGACUCGUCGCACCCUUCUCAAUCCCUUUUCCCUCCUCGUGUUUGGGCCAUCCGUCUUCCCGUCAUCCUCAUUCUGGUCGGAGGUGCCGUUGUUGGCUCUUUCCUGUCCCUCAUCAUGAUCAAGAGCAACCGUCAAAAGGCCCUCAAGGCCCAGAAAUCAAAGGCCAAAUAGGCUCCGACACUCAAUCCUUCACCACAGCCCCUUUCAUUAAAAGACACAUAACAAGAGCUAUAUUCACCUUGUACAAGCAACGUCUUCCUGUUCCAUAAACCUAGUCGUUACACGUUGCUAUAUGCCUUCUCCGAUUACUCAACCCAUUGGUUGUGUGCAUGUAUGCCUCUAUUGGAUCACGCAAUCAUCGCCGAUUACGAUCCUGCCUCCUGGGACAGCUCCGCCUUCGCCAUCUUCUCCUGCACCCCCUCC